CCCCGCCCCCACGCAGGCGCCGUAGCAACCUGAAGCCCCGCCCCUCGCCGCGCGGCGGACGCGUUGCCGCGGGAACGGGCACAGGCAGGACCCAGCUGCGGCCAUGAGGCGGCGGGGGGAGCGGGCGCCCAAGGAGAAGGUGGCGGCGGCGGAGGAGGAGGCGAAGGGCGCGGGGAGGAAGGCCGAGCAGGGCGCAGAGGAGUACCAGUGCACCGGGCUCCUGGAGCAGGACUUCCCUGAGCUCUGCGCCCGCUCUGGCAUCACCGGCAUCCCCAGGGUCACCCUCCGGCCGCCCCCGAGCUUCCCCGAGGAUGAGGAGCCCGCGGAGCCGACGCUGCCCGAGACCCUCGCCCGCAUCCAGCGCAAGUUCAGCCUCUUCCAGCCCUGCAUCCAGGUGGCGCGGGACCCCGAGGACCCGCGCGGCGUCCGCGGCAUCUUCCUGCGAGGCUGGAAGAUCGAGGAGGAGAUGCUGGGGGUGCUGAGCCAGUGCCUGCCCGCCCUGGCCGGGCUGCAGGCUGUGCACCUCUGGAAGGUCGGGCUGACGGAGCAGCUGCUCCCGGCGCUGGCGGCGCUGCUGGCGCGCUGCCCUCGGCUCCGGACGCUCAGCCUGGAGGGGAACCCCUUACCUGAGCCCGCCUUCCAUGUGCUGAUGGGGAGCGACAGCACGCUGGUCCACCUCUCGCUGCGCAACAACAGCAUCGGCGACGCGGCCGCGCGGCUCAUCGGGCAGAGCCUGUCCCGCCCCGGCACGGCCAACCGCAGCCUGGCCUCGCUGGUCCUCAGCUUCAACCGCAUCUCGGACCUGGGCGCCAGCCACAUCGCCGAGGGCCUGCGCCUGAACCGCUCGCUGCUCUCGCUGUCCUUGGCCAACAACAACAUUGGUGACGCGGGGGCCACCAGGCUCGCUAAGGUGCUGGGGCCGUUCGCGCUGACGCACGCCGAGGUGGUGGAGCGGCGGCGGCUGCUCCUGGCGGAGGCGCAGGGCCGGUGCCACGCGACCUCAAAGGAGCCCGAGAGCUGGAGCAAACGUCCCUCCAGCCAGAGCACCGGCACCGGCCCUGACAAGCUGCUCCUGGGCAAGCACGGCAAAGCCCCCGCCAAGAAGAAGGAGCCGUCGCGGAAGGAGGAGGCCAGACCGCAGAGGAAGGCGCCGGAGCCCAGAGUCACCCGCGGCCGAGAGUCGAGGUCGAGCACCCAGGAGAAGCCGAGCUCAGAGGUGCUGGAUGUGGCCGAGCCGCUGAACCCGCUGCUGGAGGAGGCGCGGGAGCACCGCGGCAGCGUCGUCCUGCCGGGAAACCGCGCGCUGCUCAACCUCAACCUGACCUACAACCGUGUCACCGAGCGCGGCCUCAGCGCCUUCGUGGCGGCGCUGGAGGGGCAGCGGCAGCAGAGGCCGAAGGGGCUGGGGCGGCAGGGGCUGCGCUGCCUGUCCCUGGAGAGGAACCGCAUCCCCCCGGACAGCCCGGCGCUGGCGCGGCUGCAGGAGCUGCUGCCGCCGGACGCCCCCCCCGGAGCCCCCCAGGAAGAGCAGGAGGGGGGGCCGUAACCCCCCCAGAGCCCCAAGGAGACCUCGACCCUCGCCUUAUUUUUUAAGGAAAGCAAUAAACCCCUUUACCGCGGGAAGGAGGAGAACAGA